UCGACCGAAACGAUGUCUACUAGAUCUAGAUCUAUCACGUAACAACUAAAUUCUGUCUUGAGACUAAUGCAGUAUCUGCGUAUACCGUACUCAUUUAUUAAAUUUGAAAAACUCGAUAGAUAGUUUUCGCUAUCCAAGUUAUUCAACAGUCAUAAAAAUACAAGAGCUGAUAUUUUUCAUUCUUGUGGUUUUGAUUGAUGAAAAAUAUUAAAAUAAGAAAUUUUUAUUAUUAUUAAUUUUAAUUUAGGCCUUGUUGACUAGUUAUUAAUUUUUAAUUUACCACAUCAUAUAGAUUCUAGUUUUAGAUCUAAUUAGAUCUAAUUACUAAUGCUUAAUAAGUAUCGACUAGAAUACUAAUAGAAUAUAUAGAUUCUACUAGUUUGAAUUUGAACUACUACAUGAACAUUGUCUACAUUUACUGAGUACAUUAGCCUACAUGUUACUGAGUAGCUUACACCCUUGUUGAAAACUUCAUGGCAUCAACUUCAGAUACAAUGUUUGACUCUAGAAUUCUACAUGGCCAAGGUAAAACCGCUACAACACUUCUCACUGAAGAUGGUUGCCAUUACCCAGUUAUACAUGAGCCUUACUGCCACCGAGCUUUUUAUAAUGAACAAAGAUCAUCAUCUGCUCCCACAAAAUCAGUUAAAGGUGUGCGAGCAAUGCAUAGAAGCACACUAACAAUAGCCAAGCCUCCCUGGUCACCAGACUAUACAACCACAACAAAACAGUUUUUUAGUGGUAGAACUGACUUGAAGCCUGCUGAUAGACCUACACCUUGUCCAUCAAUGCAUCGGUCACAAAUAGUUUUUGGCACAGAUAAAGAGCCAGAUCAUUUUCGUUCAGAAACAAUGACGACAUAUAGACAGAAACCUACUGAAUCUGCAAAUAGACUGCAUUUGUUAUCUUUAACCAAUAAACUCAACCAAAAUGAGGGAGGGAAACUCAAAGAAGUAAUCAUGCCUGAUUCAAGUCCCUGUAGCUACUGGUCACAGUAUAAUAGAGUUCAUAACAAACUUGGGCUCUUAAGAGGUCCUGGGGUUGCCAGGGAGUAUCCAGUUAGACAACAAUAUGACAUUAUCACAGGAAAAGAUAAAGGACCAGCAUGGCAACCUGAGAAUGCUUUUAUAUCUGGCAACAGGGUGUUGCAUAGUGCAAGACAACAGCUUAUACAUAAACCCCUCUUGUUUUAAAUUAGGUCUGGUAUUAAGAAUUGUAAAUAAUCUUUCUACAACAGUAUUACAAUAAAAAAGCAUUGAUCAGUUCUCUCAUGAUUUUUUAUUUAGAAGGAAAUGCUAAUGUGUUUAAAAUUAGACUGAAAAUUAUUUAGUAUGGGGUCAUCCAUUUUUUGAUGUCCACAAAAAAUAUUUUUUUCUGUAGGCUUAACAACCAGAUGCAUCAUAUCAAUAUCAAACAUAUUUUUUAUGGAAGGAAAGGUUUUAAACAUUAUUUUCUGUACAGCAUUAUAAUGUUGUAAGGUCACAUUGGGUUCAUGGCCCCUAUUUUUUCUGUUUCCUUCAUCUGUCACUUACAUAAAAGGUGUUAAAUUUAAUAAAUAAGGAACCUGUGAAUUUAUUACCAGCUGAGCUGGGGUUUAUAAAAAAAACACUUGUUUCAAUGUAUUCAUUUUUUAUGCAGAUGAAUUGUUUAACACUAAGUAACAUGUGGAUGUCCAGAUGACC